AUGAAUGGGGAUAGUGAUAUUGAUGCUCAAUUAGAGUCACUCAAUGAAAAAAUUCAUCAACUUGUGGAUCCUGAAGUUUUGAAUUCACAACUCAAUGGAUCGAAAACAUUAGAUUUCAAUACUAUAUCAAAGUUACAACAAAGGGAUUAUGAAAUUACUCAAGAACUACAGCAGCUAAGAGAAUUUUGGAUUGUAUCUACAUUAUUGAAAGAAACUGAAGUUAAUUUGGAUUUAUUCGAAUUUGAAAAUGUAUUAUACUCUUUAAAAAAUUUCGAAAAAAAGAUCAAAUCAGAUUCAUUUGAUACAAAAUUGAUCAUUUUGGAAAAACUUCAAGCUGAACAUGAUAGGUUAUAUAACUUAACAAUAGAAAAUAUUGGGACUUCAUGGUCUAAACUGAUCGAAGUUCAAGAAAGCUCUGUGACUUUUAAUGCUGAAGUGGAUAUCAAUGGUAAUACUGUGCUUUAUGAGAGCGUAUCUGAUGUUAUCAAAUCUAAUGAUUUACAAUUAAAAGUUCCAAACUCAAAUAUAAUACAUCUAGUUGAUCAAAAGCUGCUGACACCCUUAACCAAAGGCUCUUCAUUGGAGCUCACUGAUAAUAAAAUCAUUAUUAAUCCCAUCGCUGAAAAUAUAGAAGAUCAAAUCAAGUCUAUUAGCAAUCUUGCAAAUUUCAUAAGUUUCAUUCCGGAAGACCAACAAAUAACAAAUUAUAUAUCACCUAGAUUAUUUGAAUGGUUGAAAGAAGUCAUCACAAAUAACAUUGACUUGAUAUAUUCUAAUAAGCAACUUCAACAAGAAUUUUUAAAAUUGGGUCAAUUUUUAUCAGAAAGAUCAUUUAAAAGAAAUGAUUUACAAAAUUGGAUAAACAAUGAAUUAAAUGAAAUUGCAGUUGAAAAAUAUGUUGAUCAACAUAUUGAGAAAAUUAGAGAGCUGGUACGAAAUCUAGAUAAAUCCGUUUUGCAAAAUCUUGUUGUUAGAGAGUUGACAGCGUCACCGCAUGAACUUGAACAGAAACCAAAUAUUACGCAUCAAGAUCCUGUCAAGAAAUCAGCACCUGAACCAAAAAUAACCGAAGAUAUAAAUGAUGAUGAAGAAGAUGGAUGGGGCUGGGAUGAUGAAGAAAUUGAAUUUGAUGAACCAUUAAAAGAAUCAACUGACCUUAAAGCUGAAACUGAAACUGAAACCAAAGAUGAUGAUUUCAAUGAUGAUUGGGAUUGGAAUGAUGAUGAAGAAACUGAAGAAGUUCAAGAAAAACUUAAACCAAAACCAAAACCAAAAAGUAAAUUGGUCUCAAAAUUAUCCAAAAAGAAUCAAAUACAUAGUAAUGAAUCAUCCAGACAAUCAACACCUGGUCCUUCAACCCCCGGUCCUGUUUCAACCUAUAAGACCACUACGUUACCAGAUAAAUUACACGCUAUCAUUGAAUCUUAUUUAUCAACUAAAUCCAAACUACCAUCACAAUAUCAUGACUUGCAUUUCUCAAAAUUAAAUUAUUUAAUAACUGCAUAUUACAUUUUAGUUCCUCAAGAAUUUCAAAAUAAUUCAUCAUUGAAAUUAUUAUUAUACAAUGAUUUAGAAUAUUUAUCACAAUUGAAUAAAAUCCCAAGAUUAUUUGAAUUGAAAGAACAAUAUUUAUACAACUUCAUCAAAACAUUGAAAAAUGAUAUUGAUGAACAUUUUGCACAUCUAAACGGAUUAGAUCCUGGAAUUUCAGCAUCCAAGACAUAUAAAAUCAUUGAUGAUAUUCAACUUGUAAUCACUAUGGGCCUAAGAUCAUUAGACAUAUUACCAAUAAUCAAGUCAACAGAAAUUAUAAUUAAAUUAGCCAAUGAUUUAUACCAGAAAGUUAUUUCAUCUGUUUAUGAUAAAGGUGAUAUUGGCGAAGAUGAAAGUGAAUAUUUGAAUGUGAUUAUUCAAAAGUUUUUGACGUUGAAGUUUAAUGUUGAUUAUUCCAAGAUUCCAAAUCAUUCCAAGUUAGGCCAUGUUGGAUUCAUUGUCAAUUCACAUUUGAAAGAUAUUUUGGAUUCUUUCUACGAUGCAGAAUUCUUUGAUUUAUCAACUCUUGAACUGAUUGCUUUGAUUGAUAAAUUAUUUGCCGACAGUGAUUUGAAGAGAAAAACUAUCGAUGAAAUUAGAGCAGUAAGAGAAGCUGAAUAA